GCCAUUUCUGCUAGGAUGAGAGACUGGGCGUUGCAGACGUUUGUGAAAUUAUUGCUCCAACCUCCAUUGUCAAUGUUAAAAACAAAAGCAGACCCGAAUAAGACGCCUGUUUAUAUGACCACACUACGAGGCUGAUGAUGAUGAUGAAGAAGAGAUCUCCUGCGCGUCCUAAACACAGCUCAAGCGUCCCUGAUGGCUCCACUGCCAGCGUGCCAGGCUGCAGCCCCCCGCCCCUUCCUGACAGUGCUCCUCCGUCAGCUCACACCACAAGACAUCUAACAAUGUCCCACUACGGUCACAACCUCCUGAAGUUCCUGUACGAGGACCGGAGCAGACAGCGCUUCUGCGACGUGUCGGUGUCUGUCGGCGGGAGGCUCUACAGCGCCCACAAAGUAGUGCUGGCGCAUGGCAGCAGCUACUUUCACGCUGAGCUAUCCAAAAACCCUGCCAUGACUCAGGUGACUCUGGAUCAUGUGGAGGAGUCUAUUUUCCAGCACCUCCUGGGCUUCUUGUACACCUCAGAAUGUGUCAUUUCAGAGACGGAGCUGCAGGCUCUGACAGAAGCCGCCCGUUUCCUGGACAUGAUGGACAUAUUAAAGCUGCUAUGCAAGGAUGAAGAUAACAGGCAGGCAAAUGCACGGCAGCCGGAGGAAGGUCCUGAGGUGGAGGUGACCUCUUGUGACUCAGGGAUUGGGCCUCAGAUGAACAUUGCUGUGGCACCAGAGACAGCAAAAGACACAGAAACAUCAGGUCAAAAAGUUCCCAAUACGCGCAGAUCGACCCGAAAGAGAGUCGCUUCGAACAUUAAAAAAGAUCUUAUGAACACAUCUGAAGUAGCCGAGUCGACCAGCGAAGAUGUCAUGAGUCAGCAAACACCCAGACAAGACACCAUGGUGAGUUGUGAGGAAGAUGAUGGUGAAGUGGAGGCGGCGACCUCAGCUAAAGAAAGGAGUCCUGAUGAGACGGAGGCAGAGGAACAGGCUGGCGGUGACGCCGAUAUCACGUCUUCAAAAGUGGAAGGCUCCGGCGCUGUGUACCCUGACGGUCUGGCGCCCAUUGUCGUCACCCAAACUGGAGGGAAAAAGAAUCUCAUGUGUCCGAAAUGUGACAAGACAUUUGACCGAGCAGGGAAGUACAAGAGCCACACCAGGGUGCACACCGGAGAGAAGCCCUUCCAGUGUGACAUCUGCCUGCAGUGCUACUCCACCAAGUCCAACAUGAUGGUUCACAAGAAGAAGCACAGCAGCGACGCGCCCCUCCGCAAGAAAGAGCACAAGUGUCCCUUCUGUUUCAAGCUCCACGCCAGCAAGAAGACCCUGGCCAAGCACGUGAGAAGGUUCCAUCCGGACAACAUCCAGGAGUUUCUGGCUCGACAGAAGAAGAGGAAGAGUGAAGGCUGGAAAUGUGCUGUUUGUUUCAAGACCUUCACCCGCAGACCUCACCUGGAGGAGCACAUGAUCCUUCACACACAGGACCGACCCUUCAAGUGCUCCUUCUGCGACGAGGUCUUCAAGUCCAGGUUCACCAGACUCAAGCAUCAGGAAAAGUACCAUUUAGGUCCCUUCCCCUGUGGGAUCUGUGGGCGCCAGUUUAAUGACACCGGCAACCUGAAGAGGCACAUAGAAUGUACUCAUGGUGGAAAGCGAAAGUGGACCUGUGGAAUUUGUGGGAAGUCUGUGAGAGAAAGAACCACCCUGAAGGAGCACAUGAGGAUCCACAGCGGGGAGAAGCCGCACCUCUGCAGCAUCUGCGGCCAGAGCUUCCGUCACGGCAGCUCCUAUCGGCUCCACCUGAGGGUCCACCACGACGACAAGCGCUACGAGUGCGACCAGUGUGGCAAGACCUUCAUACGCCACGACCACCUGACCAAACACCAGAAAAUACAUUCAGGUGAAAAGGCACAUCAGUGUGAGGAAUGUGGGAAGUGCUUCAGGCGCCACGACCAUCUCUCCGUUCACUACAGGAAUGUUCAUCUCGGGGAGAAAGUUUGGCAAAAGUAUAAGACAGCUGUGCAUCAGUGUGACGUCUGCAAAAAAGAAUUUAAAGGGAAGUCGAGUCUGGAAAUGCAUUUCAGGACGCACUCGGGAGAGAAACCCUUCAAGUGUCCCGAGUGCCACCUGACCUUCAGGAUCAAGAAGACCCUGACCAAGCACAUGGUGAUCCACUCGGACGCCCGGCCAUUCAGCUGUCCUCACUGCAGCGCCACCUUCAAGAGAAAAGACAAACUGAAGUCGCACGUGGACCACGUGCACAGCUUCACCCAGCAGCAGGGAGGGAACCCAGGGGGGGACAAGGCGGCGGACUCAGUGGAAGCAUACGGUUCCGACGCCGACCGCAACCUUAAGGAAGGCUCCUCCUCAGACUGUGUUCCGAUUACCAUCAUUCCCGUCCAGAUCAGCAGCCCGCCGCCCAGCGAUGUGAGCGAGGGACGCGGCGCUCAGGGGCACGGCGUGGUGACCAUGCCCACCCCGCUGCAGCAGCAGCAGAGGCCCGGCUUCCAGGCCCCCACUGACCUGGCCUUCCUAGAGAAGUACACGCUGGCCCCACAGCCCGCCAACAUAGUCCGACCCGAACAGAUGCUUGACACUGGCCAGCAGCAGUCGUACCUGGGGGCGCUGCUGGGACUGGACACUGCUCCUUCAGUGGAGAGCCACCGCCCUGACCUGGACUGACCCUUCACACACUACUGGCUGUUCAACAUCUGCUAAAGUCAAUCAAACCAAAAAGUUCUCUAAUAACUUCAAGUACAUUCAAAGAAAGUUGUAGUACUACACACACAAACAUCAGUGACACCGAGUCUCAAUGGGAAUGUACCUGGUAUGUAGUGAAUUGUGUGUUUGUGUUGUAUACAGUUCACCAGCAUAAGCUCGCUCUCGCUUAUUCGAUUUACUGCAGUGUUGUGAUGUCACACUUGUGAGAUGAAUAAAGUUUUGUCAGAACACUGAAUAAACACAAGCCACAAAAGGAGACAUUAUGAAGCAGAUAGAUACAAAUGUAAAAAGUUUACAUACACCUAGCUUACAUAACCAGCUGCUAUUUUUUUUUUCAAAACUCGUGCAGUAUUGG